ACAUUUUUGAUGAUGCGAAGACAAAUAAUGAUGCGAAGACAAAUAAUGAUGUGAAGACAAAUAAUGAUGCGAAGACAAAUAAUGAUGUGAAGACAAAUAAUGAUGAAGAGAAGAAAGAUAUUAUUUAA